AUGGGCCUUAGAAGGAAAGCUGUUUAUAAGAAGACGAUUGAGUUCUCCAGAUUGAUGGGGCGUCGGCGACCGAAGAGGCUUAAUAGCUCGCAGGGCCUAGCGUGGCUUAGGCGUCUGGUGACGUUUUCAGUUUACCGAUUUCUCAAAUCAUUUACUACUCUACAAAACACCGACGGAAAGCGACACACCCAGGUUCAGAAUUACCUAAGCAGCCGGCCUUGUCUUGCGGCUCCAGAUGCCUUGCUCAUCCACGGUCCAAUCGUAGCGACUGACGCAGCGGGUGCAUGGAAAAGGUCAUCGGGCUGGGUCGAAUCAAACUUGGCUCGCGACGGGUGCUGUAUAAGUAGGAUGUAA